GAUAUUAUCGAACAAAUUAGUUUUUAAAAUAAAGCUUUAUAUUUCUUGUUUUUUGUAAAAAUAGAGUCUGAAUAAUUUUAUUUUGGUCAAGCAGUAGAAUAUUUAGAGUCUCUUAACAGAUAUUUGUAUAAAAAAUUUCAUAUGUCAUUCAUAUUUUUGCAAUUCAUGUUGUAAAGCACUCAUACUGCCAGUUUCUUUAUAUUUACAUAAUCUUGUUCAUAAAAGCAUAUGCAUGCAGUGAAUGUAAUGAAAUAUUCUCAUUGAAUGCUACUUUAAAAAUUUGAAAAAUUUUUCGUCAUGUUUUGUGUGAAAAUAAUUCUUGCACAAAACAUUAAUAAUACAGUGUAUAUGACAAAUUGUUCUGGGUUAUAAAUCUGAUUCGUUAUCUUUGCUCAAAAUAUAAAUAGCAGCUUAUUUAUUCAGUAUGUGUGAUAAGACAUUCUCUCAGAUAGGUCACAUAAAGGAACAUUCGCUUAUUCAUACUGACUCGAGACCUUAUUCAUGCAAUGUGUGUGAUAAAACAUUCACAGAGAAAGGAAGUUUAAAUCGACACUAUUCUAUCCAUACAAGAACGAAACUUUUUUCAUGUAACGUGUGUGAUAAAUCUUUCCCCCAUAAAAGAUAUUUAAAGCAACAUUCUCUCACGCAUUCUGCUGAAAGACCUUUUAUAUGCAGUGUUUGUAAUAAGACAUUCGCACAGAUUAGUCAUUUUAAGAAUCACUUGUCUAUUCACUCGGGAGACAAACCUUAUUCAUGCAGUGUGUGUGAUAAAUCUUUCACAUAUAAAGCAAGUUUAAAUCAGCACUUACGAGUUCAUACUGGAGAAAAACCUUACUCGUGCAGUGUGUGCGAUAAAUCAUUCAGACAGAAAAGUCACUUAAAUGAACAUUCACUUAUUCAUACCGGGGAGAAACCUUAUGUAUGCAGUGAGUGUGAUAAAUCAUUUAUUCGAAGACGUCACUUAAUUGAACACUUUCUUGUUCAUACUGGCGAGAAAUCUUAUUUGUGCAAGGUGUGUGGUAAAGCAUUUGCACGGAAAAGUACCUUAAUUGGACACUCUCUUAUUCAUACUGGAGAGAAACCUUAUUCGUGCAAUGUGUGUGAUAAAAAAUUCACUCGGAAAGGUACCUUAAUUGAUCACUCUCUUAUUCACACUAGAGAGCAAUCUUUUUCAUGCAAUGUGUGUGAUAAAUCUUUCACAAUUAAAACUGAACUAAAUCAACACUGUCUUAUUCAUGCAGAAGAAAAGCCUUUAAGUAUUUGUGGUAAAAUGGUCUCAUAGGAAGAUACAAUUAUGUUCACAUUCAAGAAAAAUUUAUGUAGUCUGUACGAUAAAAAUUGUGUCACACAAAAGGGUCUCUUAAUUGUGUAAUCUCUUGUUCAUGCUAGAGAGAGACCUAAUUCCUUGCAGUGUGUGUGAUAAAAACAUUAUGGAGAAGUAUCUUUGUUAAACACUCUUUUGUUUCAUAGUGGUGAGAAACUAUAUUCCUGCUGUGUAUUGUAAAACAUUCUCAACAAAGGUGUUUUAACUUAACUAAUCUGGGGGAAAUAAUCGAUGUAUACUUACAAAUUUUACGACAAAAAUUUCAAUAACUUAAAGCUAAUUUUAAUUCUUGCGGCAAUGACGCUUUUUUGUCUCACCCUCUGCAAGGUUGAGUUUUUACUGAGGAAAAACCAGUUUUUACCAGGACAUAGUGAAAACUAGGUUUUUAUUGGUCAAAAUCAUGGGGAAAGUGAAAAACCUAAUAAAUAUUAUUAACCCAUGUUUA